UGGGUCACGCAGCUUUGUGUUCCCAAUUUAACCGCCCUCAAGGGAAACCGGCAGGUUGGCACAUUUGUGACGAAGCGGAGAAAAAGCAGGAAUCCUGCAUUUUUGAAAAUGCACCGGGAAGCACCAGAGCAGCAGCAACACGAUCCUGGGAAUGUGGAAACUUCACCCGGGUUCGGCUUUCGCCUUGAAGCUCACCGCAUCGUGAGUAUCUCGCUGGGAAAGAUCUACCAUUCCCGGGUGCAGCGCGGUGGCAUCAAACUGCACAAGAACCUGAUGGUGUCCCUGGUACUCCGCAGCGCCCAGCAGGUCUAUCUGAGCCAAAGCCCGGAGGAGUUACAGCAGGAGUAUUACCAGAGGCAGGCACCGCUCCAUAAUCCGCCGCCGCCACAGCAGGACUGCAAGGAGCCUGAGCCAUAUUCAUGUACAGGGGACGCUCAGUGCCCCAGUAUGGUGAGCCCUGAGCAGACAGAUGCCCGGACAUGUACCUGCCCCACAGCAAGCCACUCUUGCAGCCCAGACGACACAGCGAACCCCCGUGGGGUGCCCUGUUGCCAGGGACAUGGGACUGAAAACUGCCGAGCCCACUCCGCGUCCCAGCAUAAAGCAGAUCACUGCCCGAGCCGUGAGCCAGAGCCCAGCAGCCCGGAUCCCCCGAGUAGUUGCUGUCGGAAGAGAAGCGGAGGGAACCCGCCCGAUGGGCCGGCCAUGAAGCGAGCUAAGAGGGAGCAAGGAGAGCAGGAGGUGCCAGAGCCAGGGGACGAGGCGGAGGAACAGAUGGAGACAGAGAACGUGGCAAACCUCAUCAGCAUCUUCGGCUCCAGUUUCUCGGGACUUCUGAGCAAGGAGCCUGGGGCAGAGGGGGCCGAGGAGCCCACACAGGACGUGCAGGAGUUGGACUCUGCGGGCCCAGCCGGACAGGGAUGCAGUGAAAGGGCGAUCAGCCCGAGUAUGACCUCCUGGAGCACGGCAAUCGAAGCCUUUUGAGCCAUCCCAUAACGGGAGCGUUCAGCCUGCGGCCCCCCACUUCGUGCACUAAGCAAACUAGUGGUGGUGUGUGGUUCAGCAAGAGCUGGGGGGGCGCAGGCUGGGAUCUCCUGUAUAGACUGAACUGACACUGCUGGCACAGAGCACACUAUAUGGAUUGUUUUAUAUAGAAUGGAUCGUGAUGGUGCAGGGUUGGACUGACCUCCAGUAAGGAUUUGUGUUACCCAUGUCCUCAUAUGUCUGGAUGCCUUUCUUCCUACAUCUGCCUAGUUUUGUGUGUGGAUUGGUGGGCGAAGUUUGCUAUGUUGGUAAAGCACUUAGAGUAGAGAUCUUACAACCAGCACUUCUCCAGCUUCUGUUGAACUACAACUUUUAGCAUUGGCUUUCUAGAGAGGCUGGGAGUUGUAGUCCACAACAGCUUAUUUUUUUUCUCUGGUUGAAGAUCCCUAGCUUAAAGGGGUGCCACGUGUACAGUUUACUUAACCUAUUCAUUACCAGAAGACACACUGUAUGAACCAUCUCACCAGGGACUUGGGGCACUCCUGGGAUAACCAUGAUUUUCUGUUUCUGUAAGUUGAAUUACUUUCAGAUAACUGGAUCUCGUGGGAAGAUUAGGGGUGUGACAAGUCCCACCUAGCACCGGAGGUACAUUAAGGUCAAGAAUUUGAUCAACACUAAUUCAAUGAAUCGUUUGCUGUUUCACUGUAAGCUUUUUUUUUCAAUUGGGGGUGGUAUUUCCCUGGGGCAUUAUUCACCAGUCCUUAAACAGCCCCUCCCCCACUUCGAAAAGAAUGUCUCCCAACCCCCACCACUAUGGUCACCACGUGCUAGGGGAGUUCCCCACUUGGGGAGAGGGAGGGAAGUUCCCAUCUGUUCACACUGCUCUUUUCCUACCUAUUGUGUUAUAUAGCCCCUCCAGUCAUUUCAAAACUACUGCUUCCUGUUUCAUGUCCUGACUUGAGGCAAAUGCCAAAUCAGUGUUCAAACUGCUUGUUUGGCCCCCAUAUAACCACACACACCCACACUCUUUGAUUAAUUUAGUUUUUUGUCACUUGUUUGAGUUCAUAAGCAAGCAUUUUCCUAGAGCCUUGCAUAAUUGGUUUUCUAACACUUUACAAUCCAUAACAUGUAAAAGUGUCUUAUUCACUUUUUAGUUUUGAGCACACACAGUUCAUGGUGCUACCCUCAUCAAGCCGCCCACCAUCCUUUGACUUUAUAUUCUUUAAGCAUGGAGAAAUGACUGAUGUAUCUUUGUAAACUUACUGAGGAGGAAGGAAAAACCCUUUACGUGUAUUUUGUCUGCUGAAAGUGCUUGUCAGGCUUGGUGCUCCUGUGCUCAAUCCAGCCCUGCGUGCUCAGUCAGAUCUCUCUUUGUUUUAGAAGAUGAGUUAUUCUGGCUGGAUGUGAUUUAAACAAUGGUUUACAGUAUUUUUAUGCACAAUGCUGUAACUGACUUCUGUAUACUAUGAUGUUUCUACGUGUCUGACACGUAUUAAAUAUUUUGAAACGUU